AUGGUGUGUGAGGACUUGCCAAAGGAAGUGUGUGCUUUCUCAGUAGCUUCAUCUGGAAAGAGAUGUUUGUUGGAGACUGAGAAGAAUAUCAAUGGUGAAACCGAGUAUCAAUGCCGAACAUCUGAAGUUAUGGUGGAGAGAAUAGCAGCAUACAUAGAGACAGACGAAUGUGUAGAAGCAUGUGGUGUUGAUAGAAGUUCUGUUGGUAUUUCAUCUGAUGCUUUCUUUGAGCCUUACUUCACAAGCAAGCUUUGUUCUCCAUCUUGUUUCUCUAAGUGUCCCAAUAUUGUUGACCUUUUCUUUAAUUUGGCUGCUGGAGAAGGAGUAUUUUUGCCGGAACUUUGUGAGAAACACAAGAACAACCCUCGUCGUGCUACAAUUGAACUUACUAGCUCAGGAGCUGCACUUGGUCCUGCUUCAUCGAUUUCACAGGAUAUUGCGUUAGCACCAGCAUCUGCACCUACACCUAUUUCUGAGAUUUCAAAGGAAAAUGAGUUAUCACUGAAACGUAUCUUCUGCAAGGGGUUAAAUAACACUCUCCCAUCAGUCUCUAGCAUAUGUGGUCAAAGUCCUUGAGAAAUGAAUGAAUGGUGGAGAUUUCAAAUGGACUUCAUAUAGUAAAACAACUUAAUCCAUAAAAAGACUUUUUCUAUAAGAAAUAAGCAUCAACU